UCAAACUGUGUCUCUCUGAGCAGUCCGUGCUUUUCGGGGAAACAAGUGGACCGAACGGAUCAUGAGCUCUCCUGCAAAUGAGAGCUGAGGCAGAACUUCGGCUCCUUUAUUGUCUGAAACAGUUUUUUUUGAGAGCAGACGAGCUGUUUGUGUUGUUUUAGCAGUGAAACAUAACAGAGAGUUGGUUUGAAAUGUUUUCUGGUUAAUUAAUCGGAAGUCCAUUAUCGGGGAAGAAAAUCACAUAUUUACGAUUUCAGAAGCAUCUUAAUGUGGAUACUGCGUUGAAGCUGCCAUAUUGUCUCCACCACUAAACUUGGUUCCUCUGGGAUAAAGACGCACUGAGACACAGCUGAUCCAAAGAGGUCAGACGCUCUUUGACCCAGAUCCUCUGUAGGAGGACAUGGAGGUCCUGCGGAGGUCUUCUGUGUUUGCCGCAGAGGUCCUGGAUGUGUUUGACCGAUCGUUGACUGAGAAGGAGCUGGUGUCCCAGUCCAAGGCCUUGUGCAGAGACUACAUCCUGUCCAGACUCAACCAGAACGGGCUGGGAUGGUCCAAAACUGAACUCAACCUCUCUCCCUCGAAUGCAGCGCUCGGCGAGGUGUCUUCUGUGCUUCUCUGUCUUGGCGACGAGCUGGAGUGUAUACAGCCCAGUUUGUACAGGAACGUGGCACGGCAGCUCAACAUCUCUGUUGCUAUGGAGAAUAUGGUUUCCGAUGCCUUUAUCGGCGUGGCAACAGAGAUCUUUUCAACAGGUAUAACAUGGGGCAAGGUGGUGUCCAUGUAUGCCGUAGCUGGAGCCCUGGCAGUGGACUGUGUCAGACUAGGACAUCCAACCACCGUUCACAUCUUAGUGGACAGUCUGGGACAGUUCGUCCGCAAGUUCCUGGUUCCCUGGUUGAAGAGACGGGGAGGAUGGGCGGAGAUCACAAAAUGUGUGGUAAAGAAGGAUCUCACUCCUGAACACCACUGGCUGUCCUCUGUCAUCGAGUCCCUGAAAUACUUCCUCACCACGAUGUACGUCUACAUCAUGAAGGAGCCAUGAACAGCCGAGACAGCGCGCACUGAAGUCAUUGUGAUUGUUUGAUACGAGAUUGAAAUCUCAGACCUGUUAAUCAAAGCUGGAGGGAAGAUGGUGACUGUGCUUGAUGGGAAUUGAGCCUGCUGGCAGACAUCAGUCUGUUGCUGAAGGGCCAUCAGCGAAUGUUUCAUCAGCGUCAUGUUUGUGCUGUCUAUGGAUGUCAGAUGAGUCUUUAAGUGAUUACCCUUCAUCCAAAGAGUAGUCACUGUGAUAUUUAAGAGCAUAAAUGGCGAAGAGACAAGUCUGUCUCAUUCCACCUAUUCUGUAUAUUUUCACACUGCUUACACCAGUGCAGUAAACCAGGCUUCUCCAGUGUUGUAAUUGUAGGGUGUGAUGGUAUUCAAUGUGAAUGUGAGCUGUGGGAGGCUGUUCAUACUCCUGAGAUAAAUGUUCGAUUACUUUGCUGUGAUGUUUUGUCUAUAGAGCUAAAGGAGUAUUGAAAAGGUGGGAGCCUUGUUUGUAAUGAAAACUGAUGCUCAGCUGGCUGGGUCUUUGGGUUUUCUGAGUCUGGAAAUGACUGGUGUGAGAUGUUGAAGCAGAGGCGUAAUAUCAGGCCAUACCAACUGCUUACACUUCAUGGGUUUAAUCUACACUAUUGUAUUUUACCAAAGCACAGAGCGUGUCUUUCCUUUUAUAAUCCAGAAUGUUGCGACCUGUUAAAACUUUCUGCUGCAAUUUUAGACACGACUGAUCAAGAAACGCUGGGUCUCAUUGUGCCCACUUUUGGCCAAAGAACUUAAGGACAGAGGAAUGGUACAUACUGAUUGCACAUGUUUUGGUGGUAUUCAUUUACUUUUUAAUUUGUAAAUAGUUUAUUUAUGAUUUUAUUUUUUUUAUAUUUUGAUUAUGACCACUGCAGUAUAAAGAGAGCCGAUACAACAGCUCUACAGGAUGAUUGUGUGGUACGCCCGAUGGUUGUCACUUUCAUAGUGUUAAUUUAUAAAUGUGUGUCUGAACUUUUUUUUUUUUUAAAUCCUCAAUAAACUUAAAUCUUCACACACAGA